CAACCACUUGAGUUUUGCUACAUGCUACUCGAGUUUUGAAGGGACGUUCACGCGUAUGUUCCAGACAUGCUCACACAGCUCCUCUAGUGCGUUUCAUUGCAACUCUAUUUCACAGUGAACACAAAGACUCUUUGGCUGCUGCAAUUCAUUUGGGUGCAUUUCGUGUGUCUCAGAAACCAACAGAACAGGAAAAAAAACAAUCAUGUCGACAGUCUUUUCUUUCCAAGCACAGCUCGUCUCCAUCAUGGACGCGUUAUCCAAAACAGCUGUGAUGGAAAUAAGCAAACUGGUGGAGAUCGAGUCGAAGAUGCUGAAAAUCGAGAUAACUCGAGGACGCAACGAAAUCGCCUCGCUCACAGAGAAACUGCACCUGAUGGAGAAACUGCUUUAUAUCGCACAGGGAGGCAGACAGGACGCAGGAUCAGCAUGUUCAGUGGUGAGGGACACUUCAGAAAACCUUUCAGUGGAGCCUGACAGGACAAGACCUGCAAUAAAAAGUGAAAGCCCAUGGGAAAGUACAAGUUGCUCCCCUGAGAUAAGUGGCUUGCAUCAAGGAGAAGAUCAAGUUGCAGCUGAGCUUCCAAACCCACCAAAAGAACAGCCUGCACUGAUAGUGGUAAAGGAAGAGCAGCCAGAGGUGGAUAAUGGAAACACUGACCAAGCAAGGACCAGUGAAAACACAGGAAGGGAAGCAGUCACAGACACCCAGAAGAGUCCAGAUUUGAUUCCCAAACCCCAGCAGCCUCUGUUCACCCAGCUGUCUCUCGCUGAACGAGGACGAAGGGAAACUCACUGGAAUCCACAGCUUACACCUGCACAUUCAAACGCAGAAGCUGGGAAAAGCUUGGGUCAAAAUGUGGCCUCCCAAAGCUUAAGUGUACUCAGGAAUAUGAAGUUUCACAGCUUGAGGAACUCGGCUGCUAAAAGGUUCGGCUGCUUGCAAUGCGGCAAGAGCUUCAGAUGCUUCAGUCAGCUUGAAAUACACCAGAGAAGUCACACAGGUGAGAAGCCAUUCCGGUGCACACUGUGUGGAAAGCGAUACGCACAAAAAGGGCACCUUUAUACCCAUCAGCGCACGCACACUGGGGAGAAGCCGUACCGUUGUCCUAUUUGUGGAAAGGGCUUUAUUCAGAAAUGCACCCUCGAUAUGCAUCAGCGCACACACACUGGGGAAAAACCUUUUGUUUGCAUCAAAUGCGGCAAAGGUUUCACAAAGAACUGUAAUCUGAAAAAACACCUUACAGUACAUCUAGAUCCUACACUGAACCUGUACACUAGUGAAUCAUGUGCACCAACAUUCAGUGGGACAUUCAUAAAUGGAACCACUUAAAUAACCACAAAAUGCAACUACUCCUGCUGUUUGAGUUCAAUAUUUUGUGCAAAUAAAGGUCUUUGUUCCCGA